UUAUGGGCUGGGAAGCAGAUAGUUUCCCAGUGAAGACUGGUGUUGGCAGCUACUCCUUACACUCUCUCCCAUCGUGGAUUAUUUGUAUUCUGUUUUGGAUGGGACCCUCAGGAGUGAAAAGGUUUCCUACUAAUGGGCAAAGUUUCAGCGUGUGCCCUAGAAAGGAGUGAGAAGGGGAAGAAGAGGAGGAGGAGGAUAGCAACAGUUUUUCCCCUCAUCUGUCCCUCUGCAGGCGUUUCUUCUCUGAGAGAAUGGGGGCUGGAGCUCUGACCAUCUGUCACAACAAGGCUGCCGUGCAGGUGAAGGAAGACAUGAAGAAGAUGGUGCAGCUGCCCAUCCUGAGACCCAGGGCAGCAGCGGCCAAGGAGGGAAAGCUGUUCGGAGUGUCCCUGCUGGAGCUGCGUGAGCUGGGCUUGCUGGAGGACGGUGUGCCUGUUGUGGUGCGGAGGAUGGUGGAGCACCUCCGCAAGCACGCCCUGCAUCAGGAGGGUCUGUUCAGAGUGAACGGGAAUGUGCGCGCAGUGGAGACCCUGAAACAGCGUCUGGAGAGCGGUGAGGAUGUGGACUUCCUGUCUGAAGCUGACGCGUGUACGGUGGCCAGCUUGCUCAAACAGUACCUCAGGAGCCUGCCUGGAGGCCUGGUGGAUUCAGCGGUUCAAUCGGCUCUGAUACAGCAGCACCAAGAGUGCAGUGAUGACGGCUGCUGGUCGGAUAUGAGGGAUCUGCUGCAGCAACUUCCAGACCCACACUACAGCCUCCUCCGCUACCUCUGUCACUUCCUCACCCACGUGGAGUGCCACCACAAGGACAACCGCAUGACCGCCCUCAACCUGGCCACUGUGUUUGGACCUAAUGUCUUCCAUGUGGCCCCUGGUUUAGAAGCAAUGAAGGACCAAAAUAUUUGUAACAAGAUCAUGGCCAAGCUCAUCCAGAACUACAGAGGCAUCUUUGAGAGCAACACAGACAGAGAAAACACAGCCAGCGGCUACACCGAAGAACUGCCAACCUUCAUCAUCGUCAAGGAGGCGCACGUGACAGAUACAGACACAAAAAAGUCACCUAGCAAUCUCCAACCCAGGACACCAAGACCAGUUCCACGAAAAAAGGCUGGACACAAGAGCCCACCAGACAACACAGACCCACUAAACAAAUCUGCUAAAAAUCCAACGGCAAGGCCAAGGAAAAAGAAGGUGAGGAAAGGACAGGACGACAACGUGCUGCAGGUCAUACCUCAGCCCAGCUGCUCCGCCGGGCUGCCCCGUGCGAGGUCGCUGCCCAUAGUCAUACCUGUAGCCCUGAACCCUGAAAGCAGGAGCCCCAGUCCAGAGGCCAUGCAGAUGGCUCCGACGCCCCCGGCCCACCCGGACGCCCACACCACCUCCACAAACCUCACCCGUCCUGAUGUCAGCCCCACCGGGAGCAUGGAGACUCUAAACAGCUCUCAAGAAGAGGAGAGACCGAUAUCUCCUUUCUACAUGAGUAACCACCUGUCUCCUGUCCACUGCAGACCAGAUGUGGCAAAUUUUCUGAACAGGACGAUACGUACAACGGUGGAGCAGCACCUCUUUGAGGUGAACCCUUUGGGGGAUCUAAGUUCAGACGACUGUGAGUUGACCCCUUAUCCCACGUCUCCAAGGCCCACCGCGCGACAGAGACGACGACACCAGAGAGAACAAGAGGAGGGCCUCAGACACAGAGAAAGAAGCAGAGCGGCAUCCCUCAGGGCAGAAACCAACAAGGAGAAUAUCCCAUCGAGUGGCAGAAGCAGCGUUAGCAGUGCUGUCAGUGUGGAGGAGGACACGGGGAGAGAGGACACGCAGGGAGUUCAGAGUGGCAACGGCGAGCGUAACCCCAAGCCCAGGAAGUCCAAACUCAGCCCUACACUGGUGCAGCUCACUGACAACCAGGACGCCCACGCGUUGAAGGAAUGCACAGACGUGUCAGGAACACGUGACAAACCUGGAGCAAACAACAUGGAGAUAUUUGAGAAAGGGAAUGACAGCUCAAGGAAAGAUGGCCAUGCUCCUCCACAGACGUUAAGGAUGAAAAUUCAGGAGUCGCCCGUCACUUGUGACAUGGGGAGAGUGGGCAGCGGAGGGGUGCGUGGCUCGGAUUCAGAAUGCGAGAGCUGCGAAGAUGUACCCCGGCUGGACCUGACAGCACUGACCGAGGACAACAACUGGGGAGAACCAGUUCCGGCCUACUCAUCGUGGCAGAGGGAGAGCAUGGAUCGCGAGGAAGCUCGGCUGUCCCCUCACGCUGGGGGGCGUCUCAUUCGUCAGCUGCUGGAGGAGGACAGCGACCCCAUGUUGUCCCCUCGCUUCUAUGCCUACGGCCACUGCCAGCAGUACCUGGAUGACACUGAAGUGCCACCCUCACCGCCAAAUGCACACUCAUUUGUCAGUCGCAGGAGGAGUUCGUCUCUUGGCUCCUGUGAUGAUGAGAAAGAAGAGCUGACCUCAGCCCAGCUCACCAAGAGGAUCCAUGUACUCAAGAAAAAGAUCCGCAAGUUUGAGGAGAAGUUUGAGGAGGAGCGCAAAUACAGGCCCUCCCACAGUGAUAAAGCUGCAAACCCAGAGGUUCUAAGAUGGGUGAAUGAACUGGCCAAGCUUCGCAAAGAUCUAAAAGAACACAAGCUGAUGAAGUCUGAGGAGGAUCUGCCGCCACUGACCCGCCAGCGCAGCAACACCCUACCCAAAAGCUUUGGCUCCCAGCUGGAGAAGAAGCCCCAGCAGGAGAAAGCACCUAAGCCCCCUGUGGAGAGCACCCUGGAGGUGGUCUUGAACAAACUACAGGAGAAAAGGGAGGAAGUGGGCCGCCCGGAAGACAUCAAAGAUAUGACACGGGAGCAGAUCGGAGCAGAGAAGGUAGCCCUGCAGAAAGCUCUUCUGCACUACGAGAGCAUACACGGGAGACCAGUUACCAAGAGUGAGAGACAAAUCAUGAAGCCGUUGUACGACAGAUACCGCCUGGUCAAGCAGAUCCUGUGCAGAGCUUCCACUAUCCCUGUUAUUGGCUCUCCCUCCAGCAAGCGCAGAGGUCCGCUCCUUCAGCCCAUUAUCGAGGGCGAACCCUCACUCUUCUUCGAUGAUAUCAAGGAGGAAGAGGACGGCUCUGAGGACGACGGAGACUCCAAGACCCAGUUCACGGUCACCGUCCGGCCCGACCUCAGCAUGCUCGGCUUCCUGGACCAGAUGGAGGAGGAAAUGGAUGGCUUUAUUUCACCUGUGGAUGAACUUUCACCCUCUAAAAACACUACUGACAUGAGGCUGUCCAACCUGCACUCUGCCACCAUGCAGGAGCUCGUGGAGCAACUGCAAGAGACCAGGGAGGAGAAAAAGCGAAUCCGCAAAAAUCUUAGAGAGUUUGAGGACCAGUUCUUCAGGCAAAAUGGAAGAAAUGUGCAGAAGGAAGACCGCUCCCCCUUGGCAGUGGAGUAUAAUGAAUACAAGCAUGUCAAAGCCAAGCUGCGGCUGCUGGAAGUUCUCAUCAGCAAAAGAGACUCAACUAAGUUCAUCUAAUAAACUGAGGACUCAGAGAACUGAGGCUUAGUUUCCAGAGAUGCGAGCAAUUUUACAACAGCCACCGAAAGAAAAUCUAUCACACACCUCACCCUUUAGGAAGUGUUUUUGUUUCUUUCUUUCUUUUGUGCCAUCUGUGCCAUUCAUGUUUUUUGUCUUGAGGAAAUGCCUACAUGUUGCCCUGUUAAUCUGUCCUAUGGAGCACAGCACAGCUUCCUCUGGAGCCUGGAGAGAGCUACUGACCCGAGCUCAAUCCAAACAGACGUGAAGGUGCUGCCCUAGAGGCUGCCAGAUGUUACCUGCUCCCACCUGACAAGCAGAUUUCCAAAUCCUCUCAUGUGCAGAGGUGGAAAUUUCUCAAGACUAAGCAAGACUAAAUGCGCAUUACACGGAUAACCUAAAUUAUUCUCAGCAAAGAAUCAUACAUGUAGUGAUGAUAAUUUAUUUCUAUCCUUUUGAAUGUUUGUACUGUUGGGAUGGACAUUUUUAAUGGAGCAGAAAAGUUAUUUUCUCAUGCUAUAGAAGUCUUAACAACCUUCAAAGUAAAUAAUAGAUUUGAAAUGAUUGCUAUUUUUAAAGAGGAUUUUGUAAUGAAGUACAUUUUUGUGUAUUUUUGUAAGGGAGACAGUUGCCAUUAAACCAAUCAGUUUAACAGUAUUGGCUAAAUGGAUGGCUCAUCCACUUAACAGUAAUUACAAUUUUUGCCACCAUUUAUUACAAGGCUGAGUGUCUGAGAUAAAAAAAAAAAAAAAUCCUACCUUAGAAAACACUCUGUACUAUUGUACACUUUUUAUGUUGUUUUGUUACUUCUCUAGAAGUGAAACCUAGUAACAUUUUUUCUUGAGUAUUUCCUCACUAAAAGAAGUGGUUCCGUUUUAUGUCAAUAUGAUCCAAAGAUGACUCAGAUUACACACCAAAAUAGUGUAGAAGAGCAUUAUAUUCAGUAACAUAGCUUAUUUUUUGUGAUCACUGGUAACUUGUUAUGCAUUUGCCUGUAUAUUUUUGCAUUGGUGUUUUUUCCUAUCCAUGUAAAAUAAGCUAUUUCUUGUCUUGAAAUCACUGUUAAUGAUUUUACUCACACUGAUCAACAUUGACAAAGGCCAUUUAGUCAUUGACUGUUUGAGCCUGUUUGGAUGACAGAAAUGGUCGCAGAAGCUCAGUACACAGCCCUCUGUAUUCCAUAAGGCUGCUAUACUUCAAGUAAUUAAUUGUUCUCUGUAAAUAUGGAUCAUGGUCUGUGUUUACAUCUCUGUGAGUUCAGCACAUCUCUCCUUUAUUUCUCCAAAAUGAAUAAUGAACAGUGUGAAUUUUGUUUUAUGAAUGUAAACACUGGCAGGCUUGAUGAAUUUGGGUGUGUACAUUUUAGUACAUAAAUUCUAUUUGUAUUUUGUAUAUAAUAUAAAUGAAAACAUAUUUUUACUGA